AUGAUACACCUGGCAAUAGCAAGUUAUUCUGAUAACUUGACAACACUCACACUCCUCAAAGAGUCCAACAGUAAACGGAUAGCAGAUUCAACGAAAAGGUACGGAGAGUUUCCAGAUGACUCAACUCCGAAUAGACAACCCACACUUUCCAUUGACAUUUCAAGGAAGGAUAAUUCAAACUUGAGAUACACAGAGGGAAAGUUUGGAGAAGUAAAAACCACCAUCUUUGCUCCUAGUUAUGGUUGCAACGCCAAUGAACUCAUAGAUGGUGAUAAAAACAUUUGGAAAUCUUUGAAUGGCGAAAAUAGUAAAAGAAUUGUUUUUGUAAGAACCUAUACUGAAGGAGAUGUAACAUUGAUUCAAAUAGUUAAAGUAAGAAAUGAUGGGAGAUUUAGAAUGCAAUACUAUGAAAAGAAUGGAGAUUCGUGUUGGUGUAUACGCAGGAAUAAGUAA